GCAGGGGUGACGGGGGGGGGGGGUCUGGGGUGGGGGGGGGGUCGAUCCCCGCGGUAGCCGUGUCCCUCGGAUAUGUCGCGCCUUCCGGCCCGGAGGCUUGUGGCGGCGGUGAGGGGCUGGCGCGGCUUCUCAGUUUGCAAGUCAUGUGCUCUCCGAAGAUUUUCCAUCCAGCCUGCCCAGCAGAAGAAGAUUCCAAACCGGUAUUUGGGCCAGCCCAGCCCCUUCACACACCCACACCUUCUCAAACCAGGAGAGGUAACCCCAGGAUUGUCACAGGUGGAAUACGCUCUUCGCCGACACAAACUGAUGGCACUGAUCCAGAAAGAAGCACAUGGCUGGGAUGGAUCGGACCACACAGUGAUUCUGCUAUCCAACCCCACGUACUACAUGAGCAAUGACAUCCCCUACAUUUUCCACCAGGACACUAACUUCCUCUACCUCUGUGGGUUCCAGGAGCCUGACAGCAUCCUGGUGCUGCAGAGCAUUCCUGGCAAAGCGCUGCCUUCCCACAAAUCCAUACUUUUUGUACCCCGGAGAGAUCCAAGCCGGGAGCUGUGGGACGGGCCCAGAUCAGGCACAGAUGGGGCAAUCGCUCUCACAGGAGUAGACGAAGCUUACACCAUCGAGGAGUUCAGGCAUUUGGUGGCCAAGCUCAAAGGUGAGUCAAACAUUGUUUGGUAUGACUUGACGAAACCAGUGCAUACAGAGCUGCACUCUGACUACAUGCAGACCCUGGCUGAGAUAAAAGCUCGGAACAAAAACCACAUCCAGGGCAUCCGACAUCUAGUGCAAAACCUUCGGCUGAUCAAAUCUCCUGCAGAGAUUGAAAGGAUGAAGAAAGCUGGACGGGUGACAGCAGAGGCUUUCAUAGAGACAAUGUUUGCCAGCAAAUCCCCAGUGGAUGAAGCCUUUCUGUAUGCAAAGUUUGAAUUCGAGUGCCGGGCUCGUGGUGCUGACAUCUUGGCCUACCCUCCUGUUGUUGCUGGUGGCAAUAGAUCAAACACUUUGCACUAUGUGAAGAACAAUCAGCUCAUCAAGGAUGGUGAACUGGUCUUGCUAGAUGGUGGAUGUGAGUCUUCCUGCUAUGUAAGUGACAUCACACGCACCUGGCCCAUCAAUGGAAGGUUCACCAAACCCCAAGCAGAACUAUACCAGGCUGUCCUGGAUAUCCAGAAGUCCUGCCUGAGCCUCUGCUCCCCAGGCAUGAGCCUAGAAAAUAUCUACAGCCUCAUGCUGAGCCUUAUUGGACAGAAACUGAAAGAGUUGGGGAUCCUGAAGAACAGCAUCACUGAGAGCCACUUCUUCAAGGCUGUUCGAAAGUACUGCCCACAUCAUGUGGGCCAUUACUUGGGCAUGGAUGUUCAUGAUACCCCAGAUAUAUCCCGAUCGCUCCCGCUCCAGCCAGGCAUGGUGAUAACCAUUGAACCAGGCAUUUAUAUCCCUGAGGACGAUGUGAGUGCGCCAGAGAGGUUUCGUGGCAUUGGUGUGCGCAUUGAGGAUGAUGUUGUGAUAACAGAAGAUGCGCCUCUCAUCUUGUCUGCUGACUGUCCCAAAGAGAUCUACCACAUCGAGCAGAUCUGUGGCCGCAGCUCAUGAUGCCCCUUCUCUGCCUCUUGCGUCCUCCUCAGGAGACGCAGCCCUCCAGUGAUGCAUGCAAUCCCUGUAGCUGGCUGUAGUUGUCAAGCGAUGGAGGGUGUGGACAAUUGAUGGCUGUUUCCAAGACUGGGUCUGGGAAGUGGAAUGCAAAAGGCUUGGGUACUGAGGAAUGAAAAAGCAAAGCAACCUUUUCUGUGUGCAUUUUCCUUCUGAUUUGAUUAGUGCUGGUGUUGAGCUGUUGUAGGACAUGGGGGUGGAUUCAUCCAUCUGCUGUGUGGAUCCAUCUGUUGUGGUGCCCUUGGAGGGAUGAAUUUUGUCAGUGCCACCAGAAGAGCUUCUGCCUGGUCCCUCUCCAGAUGCAUAGGUACAACUGCUAAGACCAAGGUCCCAUUUUUUUCCCCUUUAGCAGUAGUUUCACAACAGUCAAAUUUUGAAGAACAAAGCUUUGAUAAAUGCUGUUUUGGGGGAAUAAAAGUGUGUCAGACAGCUUUGAUUUUUACAGAGCCCUGGAAGGAGGGGUUUUGGUAGUCAGGAAGAUGGGUUUGGUUGGGAGGUAGUUAUAACUGAAGCCUGUGGAGAACGCUUUUAGUAUUUUAAGGAUAAGGAUGUGUUUGGGCCUUGUUCAGACCUAUGCAAAAUAGGCCAGCAGCAGGGAAAAUCAUCUCAUCUGGUCUUUCAGCUUACUUGAAUGUUUGGUAAUUUCAGAAAGGCCAGAUAGGGCUCAGGAGGUUGAACACGCCCAUUCUUGCUGUCUUGCACAUUCCCUUCUUUUUGUCCCAAAUGUCCAUUCCAGUUCUGAGCCCGCUUCUACCCUGGGAAGCAGGGUUGUGUUGGCUGUGCUGGACUCCACUGGUGAGCUGCUGGUUGUCACCUAGAUGUGAGGUGUCCACUUCUGGGACAGUCACAGCACCUUUCUGGUUUAUGCUAGGUGGAUAGUCAGAGUAUCAUCUGGGACCUACACACAUGCUGCAAUGUCCCUUGAAUACAACCAAAUCCAUGAAGAUUUUACAUGACCUUCGUCAAGAAACUCUGAAGAAUCCCGUCUCUGGCUGCACAUUCCUGUGGCUUACCUCCACAGUCGCCAGUCCCAUCCUGCCAGAUUUACGGUCUGUCUCUGCCACGGAAGAGGUUCCUCACUCCAACCACUUGGGUGCAGGAGCAGCUCUUGGUGGCAGCGCAAGUUGCCAGCUGCUUGAUGAAGGUGUUGGUGGGAUCACUGGAAGUGAAAGAGAAAUUGAGGUAUAUGCAAGUUAACUUGGGGAGAGAUUUCAUUCCAACGAUGGCACAGGUCUUAAGGGCAUCAGAGUAUGAGAGAAAAUUUUCAAAUGAGAGCCGCCCAUCCCUGUGGAGAAGUUGCUUUGCUUUCAGAGGAAGCCCAGGAGGCUUUUCUUGGCUUUCCCACUUCACCUUCUACCAGGGGCCUGCUUUGCCUUGCAGAGAACUAGUUGGUAGGAAAGUCCUGUUGUUAAAGUACAGUCUGAGCAGAGGUGCUAAUUUGCAGAUAUGCUUCUGUCAUCAAAGUGGAAAGAAAUUUGGCAUUUAACACAAUUUGGCAUUCUAUCUCUGUUAUCUGUGAAAAAUACAGUAUGUCUUUCCUAAAAUUGCAUUUGUUAUUUUGCAAAGGAACCUGAUGCUGUAGGAAGAAGCAAACUGAGGGAGCAUGUAAAAGAGAAUGGAGAUGGAGGGUUUGGGGAAUGUACAGUGCAAUAGAGAAGAUUCAGAAGGGUGUCAUUUGGAGCUGUGGGGAUGCGUGCAGGUGGAUGUGAGAGCAAGGAGGGAAGAACAGGCUCCUUUCACCUUCUUGGAGUUUGUCUUGCUGUCUUAACUGGCUGCCAGCUCUGAGCCUUCCUCGCUAGCAGCAAGCGGAGCAAUGAACUCCUAUGUGCUGGGACAAGUUGUGCCUCAGCCCACCCGGUUGUUUCUCUGAAGCACCACCUGAUAUUUGGCUAACCAAACCCAGACUCUUCAGAAGACGGGCAGAAAGGAACAAGGAAGAAUUGGCAGGUCCUCCACGUGCAUUACCUUCUCUUGCUGACUCAUACCACGUAUACCUUUUUAACUACCAUGACAGAGUUAUCCAUUAAGAAUGGUAAAGAAAAAAAAUAAUUCCUGUCUGGGUAAGCCUGAUGACUAGAUCUUUGAGCAAAGAAAAAUUUAACGAGAAAGCUGGUUAUAGACCCAGGAGUGAGAAUGGCUACCAUAGGAUUCAGUAUGUUCCUUCUCCUUGGAUGAUGUGGAAACAAGUAGCACUGCAGGAGCGAUGUGCAGUCUUGGUUUGGAAGCUUCUUGGGAAUGCUGGUCUCAGACAUGCUGUGGUGGGCCAGAACUGACAGUGGUUGAAGCUCUGUGUUGGUUUUCUCAAGACUAUGAAGAGCCUGUGGCUUUUUAAAGGAAUUUCUUUUUUUCAUGAUUUGGGCAGAAUAUCAUGGCAGCAGAAGGUGGGAACACUCAGCUUGUUGUUCAGUGAUCGACUAGGAGAAGUUGGCAGUCCAGCAAAAACUGGUUGAAAUGCAAUUCUUUCCAGGGAAAUAGGCUCACUGUGGGUUUUUUUGUCAGUAAAUUGGGCCAAUAGGAACAAUAUUGUGUGAGGAGGAGGGAGGCUCAGCUUGUUUUUAUUCCUAGGCAGAACAAGGCUUCUGCCUCUAUGUCUCCUUUUGAGAGAUUAAUGCAAAAUGGGAUUGGCCACUGACCCAAGUUAAGAUUAAGCAGUCUGACUCUUGUCCCAGGAAAUAGUUAGCAGAUGUCAGGUAACUUCUUGUCAUGUGAAUCUUUUACUCAGAAAGGUAAUGCUUUAAGUUUGGGAAUAAUGUACUUUGUUUUUUCUAGUCUAAUGUGCACACAAAGGGCAACACGUAAUAUCAGUUUUGCCUCUGGGAGCUAGAAGCAAUACCUCUGUAAUUAAUGGUAUUGCAUCUCGGUCGUGGACAUGUUUGCCGGCAUUGUGGUCGUUCAGAGAAAGGGCAGCUGUUAAUGGUACAGAAGGGGGCGGGGGGGUCAGCCUUCUCAGCGCGGGUCUCUUAGCAGGCUGCAGAAGCAGGCAAAUGAUACUGCCUACGAACGCCCUUCCGUACCCCCUUUUGGCAGGCCGAUCGUUUCUAUUUAGUGGCCUCUGUGAAGUUUGUCAUUUAUGUUGGCAUUUCUGUGCUGCUGUCCUAACGCGCCAUCAGGAUCCCCUUUUGAUCUGGUAACGCUUAACAUUUUUAACAUCGCUUCUUGGAUGGACGAGGUUUGGUGUGGCAUCAGGGAUUAGGAGAGUUACGCUCCCUCAGCCCAGUUGCACGUGUCUUCUCGUUCUCAGAGGGGCAGAGAGACGCGGCCCUACCAGCAGCUCGGGAAUCUCCAGUGCUGGCACCCCCACGCAGCUGCCCCUGUCACGGAGGCCUUAAAUCUCCAACUGUCCUUCCAAGUGUUCCCGCUCCGGACUUGCAGAGGUACCAGCCUGCAGCCGAAGGAGCCGUAGCCUCCGGUGUGCUCAUUGCACUGACCUCUUACUUGCUGUCAGAUUCCGUAAGGUACCACUGAGGUUCCUGUGAUGCAUUGCGGAUAUUUGUAUGAGGCUUUUGAGGAGACAGCAUUCUGUGAUUCUCACCUGAGGAGUGCCUUUCCAAAAAAGCCCCAACAGGCAUUAAAGGGAGGAUGAGGAGCAACUUCAUAUGUUUAAUGAACAGCUUGGAUACCUGCUCUGGGUUCAGUUUAGCCUCGAUGGUGCAACGGUGACUGUACUUCUAUAAAAGUGUCUACAGCUCUGAACUUCAUCUCCUCCUUCAGUUGCAUUUCUCAGGGUCCCCAGAGCUGCCCAAUGGGGCCAUUCACAGUUUAGCAAGUAGAGCAAACCCAGAAGGACAAAGAACCAGAGAGGGAAGGAAGAAGAUAAGCGAUGAAGAGACAUACGCAUUGCAUGACUCUCUUCUGCUAGAAAAGGUCUUGGACAUGUACACACACACACACACAAAAGAAAAUCAAGUCUUCCAGUAAAUAGUGCCAUCUCCUUUUUAUCCUUUUUUCCCCCAGUACUUAAUAUAAUCAUUGUAUGUUUAAAAAAUUAAAUGUAAAGUUGCAAAAGGGGCUGCAAAGUGACUCCUCUGGGCCUGGAUCCAUACUACACUGGGGCCUGGCCCUCUUUUUGCCACCGUGUCUGUUCCCUUAAAAUAAGCAAUUGUGCAGGACAUGAGCAUAGUCCAGAUGUUAUCUAAGUCUUCCAUUUAUUCCCUGAAUCACCUGGCUUUGCAGAGCUUAGGCUACUCGUGCCAACGCAGAGUGAAAGAAAAAACCCAGAUCCUGAAGAGUAAGUGCAACGGAGAGAACUGAGUCAUCCUGUGAAUCAAGGUUGCCUGUUAGGUUACAUUCUGGACUCAGGAUCGGGGGUUUUAGAAAAGGCCCAUCCUCAAAACUCUGUGUGCUGUUACUUUUGGUCACUUUAACCUCUUCAACAGCAAAGGUCUUCCCUUGAGAGCCUCAAUGUCUGGUUGCUGCUCUUGCUUCAUAUUUGAAGCCUAACAGGCACGAUACAAAUUUCAUGUACCUCCAACUUUUUUCCAUCCCACUUGAUAAACUUGUACUGAUCCAGCUAGAGUCUAUCUAACAGGCGAUAAACAUACUGUGGCAGGAGAUGUUUCCAUGCUGUCACCCUAUGUUUUCAGAACAACGUUUCCGUUGGAAAGCUUGCUCCAGCUUGCAUGCUGGAAGAUAGAAUGCCACUGAGCGUAGUUAAAAGAAGGAGUGACCUUUUACAGGGUCCAUAACCUGGAUUUGUCCUGAAAAAAGUUUGGAGAAGGUCUGGAGGAGACUGACCCAGGCAGCCUGUCCCAACCCCAAGCAGUGACCAGGAGGAUGUCUCCAUGAGAGCUUUAUUCCGUGCCUGGAGGAGAAGGGGUGUGAGCCUGCGUACAGCCAGCCCUGCACAGCGCCGUGUGCUUUUCUGCAUGCUGCCUUUUCCAUUCGAACAGGGGGAAGUAGAUACACACCAACUUUCCUCUUUUCCGUAACUAAUCCAAGAGAAGUGACUGGGUUGUGUAGCACUUGCAAACUGAGCGCGCAGUGAUGGGCAGUCUCUGUUGCUUAUUUUGAAUUCAUUAUUUCCUCUCUCUUUUCAAGUCAGUCGUAUCAUUAUUUUGCUCUCAGUGUGCCUUGCUCCAUUUUGAAUUUUGCUCUGCUCAGGCUCUUCCAUUCAGUCUCUCGUAACCUGCUCAUGCUGCAGAGUAUUAUUUCAUUUUGUCUGGAGGAGACUGGACUGAUGAUAAUUUUUAAUCUGUUUCAGGAAGUUUUUAGAGGUCGCCAGUGUCAAGGAACAACAGUUUGCAUUAUCUCCUUUAUUAUGUGUGUUAUUUUUUUCAAAAGAGUGUUAUUUAACAGCCACAUGGCAACUAGAAGCACUCUUGAAAUUUAUGUUUGUUGCAGACGUCAUAUCCUCUUCCCCCAACUUUGAAAUAGUUACAUAAAUUAGAAGAUUAAAAACAUUUUUUUACUAUAAAAAUCUGAGGCAAGACAGAAGUUGAUUCUUUAUUUCUAGCUUUUUUAUUCAAGAAACAUGUUUAUAAAAAGAACAAAAUGUUAAGUAGAAGAUGAACUGAUUUAGAAAAGUUAACAAUAUGAAUUGUAAUUAAUUUUGUAACUGUUUAAUAUAUAAAAGUUUUAAAGUAUCCUUUUACCUGCUCCCAGGUGUAAAAUCUCCUGAGUUAAUAGCUGAGAUUAGACCCGUCUUGAGCUGGCGUGGUCCAGUCUCUGACUGGACAUAUGAUUCCUGUAUGGUCUGCUAUUGCGUAUCAUACCCUCAGCUGAUCUUGGUAAAAAGGCCAGCCGAGGUAUUGCUGAGCCUGUGGAAACAGGAACACUUGUUCCCGGCGUUAUCCCAGCAGUGGUUUAGCUGGUAGGGUAGGACUUUUGCUCCUGUGAAUUCCAGUCUUGAUGGAAGUGACUGAUGUUCCUGACGUGCUCUAACGAGUAUGUGAAACGUUAAGUAUUAACAAUGCAUUCGAGUUAUGGCAAAAAUGUCUCCCAGCUGAUCUGGCCACUCCUUUACUCGAAGGACCGUUCUCCACGUGACUGCUGCUGUCUUACUUAGGUGGAUAUAGUGAGACUAGAAGCUCUACAAGAGCUUUUGCAUAUGGGGCCAGAAAGAAACUUCCAUUCUGUGAGAAAGGUUCCUCAGCUGUUCAACAAAUUGAUGUGAAAUCCAAUUUAAAUUAAGCUGCUGCAAACAAAGCGCUGUCGUGUUGUACACAAGUCCCAAAUGUGCCCUCCAAAUUCUUUGAGAACUUUCUUUUUAACUUGAACAGAGAACCCGAGGGAGAUACAGUUAAUGGAGUGGAAUCUGCUCAUCCCUGUCAGGAAAGGAGGGGCGACUAAAAACUGCGCUGUAACUGCAGUGGACAAGACGGGUGGCAUCAGGAAUACCACCGCUCGCCUGACUCUGGCAGGAGGAAGCCUCCGCCAUAUCCCAGAGGCUAAAAAAGAUCUGAACGUUGAUUAUUCCUCUCUCCUGAAACCUCACCGAAGACCUUCGCAGGACUGUGGAGAAGCCCCUUUAUCUUCACAACCUUUUUGCUGUGUGAAAGAAGAGUUUUAAGGGCUCUUCCUUGGCUUCAGGCCCCUUUCUAACCAACGGCUGCUGUUUGAUGGGCAUUUGCUGCAGAAGCUGUCUCUGCCAGUACAACCCCCAGCAGGAGAACGGUAUCUAAAUGCAAAGGUAGGUACUUUGUCACUCCUUGCAUGAACAAAGGAAGGUAAGAGAAUGGGGCUUGGUUUUUAAUCCUCCAGGGAAUGAAAAGGGUCUGAUAACUGCUGUUGGUUGGUAUGUGUGUGGUAUUGCCAAAUCUCUGGCCCCUGUCUUUUUCCAGCUUUCCUGGUUCCUCAAAAUUAAUUACAAUAUUUCCAUUCAGACCUGUGCAACUGGUUGUCUUGAAUGAUUGCAGACUCGCAAAAGAAGGUUAUGGGAUGUGAAUGAACUUGAACGUAAGGAUCUUCCAUGAUAAACUCAUGGGUAUUUCUAUAUAUUGAGGUAAAGGAGUUAACUCCUCGGUAGUUGUGGUAAACUCUCACCCAGUGUAGAACUUUCUGUGUGUCUUGCUAAAACCUCCCUGAAGCUGUUGUGUCUUGUUCUGUUCUUUUUUUUUAAAGUCUUGUUGAUACUGCAGGCAGGUGGGAGAGUAUUCCUAGCACUGGAUAUGGCGCUUUUCUCUUUGUCCUAGCCCAGAUAGGAAUCAAUGAAUCCUUAAACUGGGUUGAGAAAUAUAAUUUAUGAGUGUGGUGAGCAGAGGCAGAAAGAAAAAAAAAACAAAAAAGCCAAAGUGACUGGAGGAGGGAGAAGAAGGGACUACAUCACUUUGCAGUGGUAAAUUACCAAAAGCAAAAAUUACCAAAGCACUAGUCCCUGCGCCUUACACUUGUUUCUCUGCUUGCUCCUAUUUUCUGCAUUUCCUGAAGCUUUCAGGUUUGGGGAGCUUGUGCUUUCUGAUCAGUGAAGGCUCGCUGCUUCAAAUGGCCCUUCUUUCCAUUGGGCUUCCAGAGAUCCAGUUGUGCUGAGCUUUGAAAUUAAAGGAUAUUUGACACAGCAAGAUACGUUCAAGGUAUAUGAACCUGCAGAGAAGUGUGACAGUUUAUUAAUUUAUUUUAUUGUUCGCUAUAGAACUGGCAGGUAGACCAUCUCUUGUGGGAUUCGCUGACCUAGAUGCCAUAAUGUACUUUCCAGUGGAGUCCAAAGUAAGGCUAAACUCAGUAUAUUGUGUCUUUAUCUAGGCAUUCACGACAGAGAGCAGUUAAAUGCCAGACAUACUUGAAAUCCUGUCUUCUGAGAACUAUCUGAGUCAGGUACUACAAUUUUUUGUUCCUGCUUAUGCUGGUAUGGGAGGCAGGGGACUGCUGGCUCCCUCGCUCUUGGCUUCUUUUGUAAUAUCCAUGUAGUUUUUGCACCAGUAAUUGCCAUGUCUGUGGGCCACCUAACUUGUUUUUCCCAUUCCUUUGUGUCUUUCCAAGAAGAAGUGGUAUAAAAUUAGUUAUUUUUUUGCUGUGAAAUCACAUGUGAACUCCACCUUCAAAUCUGCCCCACUGCACCGUCCCCCCCCCCCCCCCCAAAAAGCUUGGAUUUGGAUUUUUACAGUUUUCAAUUGCCAAAUGGUGCCUUUGCUAUGACUACCAGGGGCUUCAACAAAAUGCUUUUACUGAUAGCAGCAUCUCUCCCAUUGUGACAAAGAAGGAUGGCAAAGGCUAACGAAUUGUGUCUUGUUGAGCAGGGCCUGCAGUUAGGAACCUGAUUCAGUUAGAAGAGAUCUUUGGAGGAAUUUGGGGAUACUAUAUUUUUUGGAAAAAGGACAAAGAAUUAAUGGGAGAUAACAAAUGCAAAGCCGUAGCUCGAUGGUUCUCACCUCCUUUCAAACAGCAUCAAAACCUUGGACUCAGUGGAGGUAGCUUCCAGACCUCCCUUUGUUGAUAAUGUUUUUUUCUGAUUUAGUGUUUAUUCCCUCUCUGUGACUCUUUCCUCACAUUCAAGACUGUCAGGGAGAAGUCAUAGAUAAGAAUAUCUGUAAACAGUCUCUUAGUGUCUCCCACACAGCAGUCUGGAACUGUGUCUCCUCAUGUUACUGAAAGUUCAUGGAUUUCCCAAAUCAGCAGGAGUUCAUGGAUUUAUAUGCAGGCAAGCUUGCGAUACUACUUUGGUUACUCUCGUGGUUUUUCCUGGCUACUCUUAAUUACCCUGGCAGAUCUUCCAACGUUGCUUACAUGCAGUAGUAGAUGAAUAUAACUACUUGUAUCGAGCUAUCAUAACAUUCUCCCUUUUUUGCAUCCUCCUUAAAAGGAUAAGAGGCACUCUGAAAACUCUUGUCCAAGCAAGGAAGGAGAUCUAGACUGUGACCUGGUAUUCAGAUGAUGUCUCUGGUGUGGUUAGUGGGGCUGUCUCCUGCUCUUGGACUACCCCAUAGCCUCUUGUCACCUCAUGCAGUUCUUCGGGGUUGUUCAGGUUAAAAACAAUCACUCCCCUGCUACCGCUUUCCUGUUACCCUCUGAAAGACUUGCCCUCUCUCUGAAUUACAAUCUCAGCCUCUGUCUCCGACAUCUCUUCAGGAUCCCUGCUCAGGUUAAAGCAGGACUCUUUCUCUCCCAAGCCCUCGCUCUUUCACGUGUGUGCAUUUUUGGUCUCGGUUGCUGUAGGCAGUCUCACCCUCCCACCUCUUCUUCAGCCUUGUGAAUAAAAGAGGUGGCCGGGCUGCAGCUGACCUAGAGGUAUGGCGACUCGUCUUGUCUCUACGGGCAGCACGGAGAGCCCUGGCUCUCCUGGGGACCUCUGCGCAGGCUACGAGCCUGGCUGCAGAACGUGUCCUCUCCUCUGAGCAGAAGAAGCCGGGACGCUGGUUUCUCUCGGGAGGUGGCAAGCACAGCCAGAUGUGCUUCUGCAAGCAUCUGCAGCUUGGCGCCCAGAACUGCGGAGGGGAGGAGGUGGUUUGGUGUUGGAUUCCUUCUGAGGUGGAGCUCCUUAGUUGGGGGUGAGGAUUAGGAUGGGGAGCACGGGGGUGUUGCUGCGUAGGAGGGAUAGCUUCAAACCCUUCCUGGAAGUGCAGUGGAAUCAGCCCAACAUCCUCACCGUAAUGCACUGGGGUCCGUCUAUCCUGAUUGCGUUUCUCUGUCAGCUGCAGCUGAUCGCCAGGUGUGGUGUGGGGCUGAGAUGCCCUGUGGGGACAGGGUCAUUUGUUGAGCCUAGACCUACACCCCAGCUGCUUUUUUUCACGUGUGGGGAAAGGUUGUCUGCAGGAGAUUGGGCACAGUCGUUAAGUAUCAUGGUUUUUGCAAGCACCUACUUACCUGCAGGCUGCCACGAUGGCCGUAUGUUAUUUUAUCUGCAAGUUAUCAAGCAGCUUUAGGUAAAAUGCCACGAGAAAGGAAGAGCAACAAUUCGUCACCAUCCCAUUAAAUGCUACAACCUGGUCCUCUCAGAAUCUCAUCUGUUCUUUUUAGCUAGAUUACUGGGGGCUGGAGGCUCCAUUUCUCUCCUGAGAUUUUAGUAAUGGAUUGCAAAGCCAGGUGUACUAUACGGGUUAUAAUGUGACCAUCAUCUGGAAGACAUGCACAGAGGCAGGGGGUUUGGGUUUCUGCAGAAACCAAGCACAGUCUGGUCCAAAAAUCCAUGGGAUAUAUUGCUUAAUCUACCUCUCUGGCUCUGUUCUUUGAAUUCAGCUUCCCUAUGCUGAGCACACUGAAUCAGCUGGGCAUGCUGCAGAGCCUUGGUGGGAGGUUGUUCGCUUACUCUGUGAACUUUGAGAAGUUUUGUGGCAACACGGAAAGACAGUAGAUUCAGUUUUGUUCUGAUAGUAAUUUGUGAAUGCUCUCUGUGGGUUUGGGCAUCCAAAAGCAAAGGGGGCUAGAAAUCCCCACUUAGUGAAUUCAAAUGGUUUUAGUAGCAUCAGCAACUGAAGGGAGGGCAGCCAGCCAGCCCUACAGCUCUUUAAAAAGUAAUAAGAUGCACUUGAUUUUUACUCCCUGGUUUGCAACCACUGAAUGGGACCUAGUCUCACACACCAGGUAAUUCCUGCUUGAGGCACCACUGAAACCGCACCUUAAGCAGGCAGCACUGAGAGGGUGAAGCACAGAAAGGCAACAGAAAAACUUGAGGUUUGUAAGCACUUAGAAAGAAAGGGGCCACCUCCCUUUUUUCCCCCCUUUUUGCUCCUGGCAGUCUUGGAAGGCCCAUCCCUACUCUCCUGACUGUACAGUACAGGAAAGGUUUUGCUCUGAAGAGUGUUUGAAAUUGUUGCAGUUCUCUCCUCACUUUCAGAACAGUUUCAUUCCUGAGAGUGACCCAAGUCCCCCUGAGAGAUCCUGUGGCAUCGGUGUGCGCGCUGAGGAUGAGUCGUGAUAACAGAGGAUGCACCCCUCAUCUUGUCUGCGGGGCUGGGACGCGGAAUGCAAAAGGCUCGGGCAGCGACGACUGGAAGGCAAAGCAACCUUCCCUGCGUGCGUUUUCCUUCUGAUGCAGUUAGUUCUGGGGAAUCCUCUCGCUGCCGUGGGGAUCCCUCCGUUCUGGUGCCUUGGAGGGACGAGUUUUGUCAGGACCACCACUACCAGACCUUCCGCCUGCUCCCCGUGUGGGCGCAGCCGUGAGAGCCGGGGCUGCAAGCAGCUGCCCCUCCAGCAGCACCAACACGGCAGCCCAGUCAGGCACACAUGUUCAAAGGGUGCAUGUAUCGGGGCGGGGGGGAUAAAUCCCACAUAGGAAAAUGUUGGUGGCUGCAGAAAAAAAAAAAAAAACCCGCCAACAGAAUGAACGUAAAGGAGAAGGGCAAUGACCAAGAUGAAAGACACUGGUUUUGGAAGGUAAUUGCACUAGAGUCACCAGGUUGUUGUUGCCUUGCCUUUUGGAACAGCUUUUGACAACUGGGAGAGGGAGUUUGUCUCAUUUUAAUUGGGACUAACUGUAUUCAGAGCAGUUGUCAUGUGUCACCUAGUCUGUCUCCCUCCCUGCCUUUUCAGCUUGGCAGUCUCCUCUUUUUCCCCUGCGUGUCCCGGUGAUUUGAAAAAUGAUCCAUUCUUCAAAGCAUCCCUGGCAAUUUGGACCACAGUGUUACAUUUCUUCUGAGGCUGAUGCUUUUCAAAGCUGCAGCCUUUCUUUCUGCAGCAGCUGCUGACACCUCUCUAUAACAUAUAGCCUUAAGAGCGGGAAAACAGGACUGAGGGGCUGCACUUUUCCGAGGAGGAAAGAAAUCAGAGCUGGCACUAAAAUCAACAGAAAACAGAUUAUUUCAUAUACAGUAAAGAGGGUAGCUCAGACCUUUUUAUGAAGCGCAGGAGUAUUAGGGAACACCAUCACUAAUUUCACUUUGCGAAGCACGCUGGAGAUCUCUUAAUGCACUUCCUUCCCACUGUUGGUAUUAUGUAUCUGCUUACAUGAAUCAGUAAAUAUUAAUUAAAUAAGCAUGCAG